CAAGAACUCGGUCAAAAUGCCUUUGGAUACGAUCUACCUGACCCGUCAUGGUCACCGCCUCAACUGGACCAUCGACUUCCGCACCGGCACCUACAAAGCCCAAUUCCCUACGCCGACAGGAAACCCAGCAGACCCAGCGCUGACCUCACAUGGCGUUCGGCAGUCGCACGAGCUGGCAGAACAUAUUGCUGCUCCUCAAUUUCACCCCAAACCAUUCCGUGUCUAUUCGAGUCCCUUCUACCGCUGUCUGCAGACGAUCCAGCCCUCCGUCGAAGAACUGAAGAGGAUAUCCGCCGAGUCUAGACAUGGCCAGCAGAAUGCCCCCGGUUUGAUUGACCGGCAUGCGGAUUUGGAUGUUAGGAUUGAGAAUGGAUUGGGAGAAUGGUUCGGCGCAACAAACUUCUUCGACCACCCCUCCCACCCAACUCCCAAAGAAAUGAGCCUCCACUUUCCAACCCUCAUCCCAGAAACAAGUCUCCAAAACUACACACCACUCCUAAUCCCCUCCAGACGCGGCGAGACAAUCGGCCAACUCCACAACCGCGUCGCGACAGUCCUGCAGGGUAUAAUCACCGACAUCGACGCUGACAUCACAGCUGUGGAGGCACAUUUACCCCCAGACCAGCGGACCAGCAAGUCCGUCUUGAUCUGCGCGCAUGCAGCCCCACUUAUUGCCAUGGGUCGUGCGUUGACGGGUCAUAUGCCUGAUGACAGUUCUGAAGAGGAUUUUAAUGUAUUCACUGCUGGCUUGAGUACGUUUAAGAGGCGGGGGACUUCGACUGCUGUUGCUGAGGGUAGACGAUUACGACCAGAGGGUGAGGGUGAAAGUCCUCUUGCUGAAGGCACGAAGUUUGUUCGUGCCUCGGGGGCUGUUCCAUGUUGGAAGAAUGGAAAUGGUGUUGGGGGAGGGUGGGAUUGUGUUUCGAACGGGGAUUGUAGCUUUUUGAGUACGGGUGCUGAACGUGGAUGGCAUUUCAAUGGUGAGGAGUCUUUUGAUACUGGUCCUAUGGCUCCGGCUUCUGAGCCAGCGCCGAGUAAGACUGGUACGAAGUUAUGA